UCUCUCUUUCCUCAGAGACAGAAGCAACGCGGAGAAGGAAGUGACUUGAGAGGACAGCCACCACCAUGAGCCUCCUUAACAAGCCCAAGAGUGAGAUGACCCCAGAGGAGCUACAGAAGCGGGAGGAAGAAGAAUUUAACACUGGUCCACUCUCUGUGCUCACACAAUCAGUCAAGAACAACACUCAAGUGCUUAUUAAUUGCCGCAAUAACAAGAAACUCCUGGGCCGGGUGAAAGCCUUUGAUAGGCAAGUCUGAGUUGGAUUUCUAUCACUUGCAACCCAGAGUCCUGAGCAAGCUCGGCCUAAGUUGCUGCCUUUUCACCUCUCCCUGGACAUCCUAACCUAAAUCCCUUGUCUCUUCUCACCUGAAAGGUCCCAUUCUUCUCUGGGUUCUCACACUGGGUAUGGUCUCUCCAAGGUCCCCAGUGGCCAUCACUGCCACAAUGGCGGAGGACAAAGCCUGUAGCCACUGGGGGAGAAACAAGGUUGUGGAUAAGAGGUGCAGAGAGAGAGAAGACAGAGAGCCAAACUGUGAGACAAGGCAGAAAGAGAGUGAGAGCCAAA